CUCACUGAGGAGUGUUACCAAACUAGAUCCACAGGGAAGUCAAGAAGAGGUCUUCAAAGAGUGUAACAGCUGCUGAAUUACAAGAGAAAACAUACGUCCAAAGUUGCUGUAUCCUUUAUCUGAGAUAUUCAAAGUCAAAGAGGAUCAGAGGACACAUUCAGAGAAGAGAAGUGUGAGUUGGCCUUGCACUGAACCAUGGACUGGAAGACUUUUCAAGCCCUGCUCAGUGGGGUGAAUAAAUACUCCACUGCAUUUGGCCGGAUCUGGCUCUCAGUGGUAUUUGUGUUCAGGGUGAUGGUUUACGUUGUGGCAGCUGAGAAAGUUUGGGGUGAUGGGCAGAAAGAAUUUGACUGCAACACCAAGCAGCCGGGCUGUGCAAAUGUCUGCUAUGACUACUACUUCCCCAUUUCCCACAUCCGACUGUGGGCCCUGCAGCUCAUCUUUGUCACCUGUCCAUCAUUGAUGGUGGUCAUGCAUGUGAAGUACCGCAAAGAGCGCGAACGCAAGUACCGUCAGAGGCACGGUGAAAAAGCCAGGCUCUAUGACAACACAGGGAAGAAACACGGUGGACUGUGGUGGACAUACUUGAUAAGCCUUUUUGUCAAGACUGGCAUCGAGAUCACUUUCCUGUACAUCCUCCAUCACAUUUAUGACAGUUUCUACCUGCCACGGCUGGUGAAGUGUGAAGUCCAGCCAUGUCCCAAUGUUGUGGACUGUUACAUUAGUCAACCCACAGAGAAAAGAGUCUUCACCUAUUUCAUGGUUGGAGCUUCAGCUCUUUGCAUAGUGCUCAGUGUCUGUGAGAUCAUCUACCUGAUUUCCAAACGCUUCAUUCAAUGUGCCAAAAUAAUUAAGACACACCACAAAACCACCAAGCCACGAUACCGAGACAACCUUCCUAUGCAUGAAUUGGACAGCAAAUCCAAGUUUAAGAUGGAGUCUACACCACAUUUUAAAUCUGGCUAUAAACCUGGGUCUAAACCACAGUUUAAAUAUCAGCUCAAGCCAGCAUUUAAGCCAGCGUACAGAUUGAGUGAAGACAUGAGAGCUUCUGCUCCAAAUCUCUCAAUACCUGUGUACAAGAUACAGUCUGAUUUACUUAGACAAGCUAAACAUGAUAUACAUGACCUAUAAAACUGCAAGUCUUGGGUGUUUGUCAUUUGGCAGAAGGUUCAUGAAAUUCUAUAUGCCAUAUUCAGACAAUUUUGCCUCGGAAACAGUAGAGAUUAAGUGGGCUGCCUAGUGGGGCAAUGGAGAUGAACCAGGAUUGUGAUAUCAAUGGUACCUGGGUUCAAACCUGGAUUCUUUUGAUUACCAGCCUAGUUCCUUCAGGCUUCAACUCCAGCUCAAAUGGCUGCAUAACCACCAUGAUCCUAAGAAUUAAUGGGGACCAAAUGCAUUCCUUUUCUUCUGAUUCAUUUCUUUAAAAGAACAAAGGUGAGAACCCAUGAAAAAGCUUGAGUUAUCAAAUAUCCAGGAAGGCUUUCGUGGAGAACACACCCUGCAUACAAAAUCCACCUCCACCUUCACACACACACAAAAAGAUAGGAGGAAGAGUGAAGUUCUAUUGUGUGUUAAAAGACGUAAUGAAAAUUCCUCAUGGGUGUCACUGUUAACAGUCAUUUCUAAAUGUCCUGGUAUUUGUUACAAAGAUCAGAAGUUUUAUAGUUGAAGCUGUUCCAACUAUCACAGUUUCAUAGAGAUCAUAGUGGAUGUUUAUAUGCAAACACACCUGAACUCAAAUUCUUAUGCUUGAAAAAUCUGAGGUAUAUAAAAUAUAACAGGGAAUCAGGGAAAGUUUUUCUUCCAUUUUUUGUUGUAACUUUACUGUAGACUGUGGACUUAUCUGAUGUCACUUGGCAAGCAUUUGUAAGAGUCUGACUUUGUCCAGACUUGUUGUUAUGAUUGUGUUACAUAUUUUAGCUGAGAUUUUUAAUGAUGCUGCAAACCCUGCCUUUGUAUCAAAAGCUGAAUCAAUGCACUGACAUAUUAUCUUAUGAAUUUUUCUCAGGUUUUUGUUGUUGUUGUUUUUUUAAUUUAUUUUUUAUAAAAUUGCCAAAAUGGAGUUCUUCGUUUGUAUGACAGGUAUUGUAAAUGAGUAUGUUUUUAAAGAUUAUUAAUUUUAAUACUGUAUAAAUAAAGUAUAAAAAUAGCCUUUUUGUCACAUUUUAAAAGACUGUGAAAAUGCAAUAGAUUAAAUCAUGAACAGACAAUUGAAUAAAAGAGGAAACAUUACUAACUUUACUAACUUUGACAGAACAUGGAACAUGAAAAUCAUUAUUUAUUAUCCUUUGUCAGAACUUAUUAAAAUAGUGGUCAAUUUACACUGAUCUAUUUCAAAUCUUUGUGCAACUAUUCAAAUGUUUGCGGUCACUAACAUUUUUAAUACAUCUAUAUGGCAAGAAUGCAUUAAACUGAUCAAAAGCUAUAUUGCUACAAAAAUAUUCCAAAUAAAUGCUUUUUGGGCUUUCUAUUCAUCAAAACAUUGUAAAAAAAAAAAAAAAAAGUUACAUGGUUUGCAGAAAACAACACUGAACUGUUUAAUUAUUUUCAGCUGUUAUAAGAAUUUUUUCUUAAGCACCAAACCAGCAACUGAUGGCCUUGUUUAGCAUAAGAGACUUCAUUCAUGAACAUUAAAAAUCUUACUGAUUCCAAA